AUGGACUUUUGUUCAUCUUCAUCAGGAGCUGCCAUUUCUUUGAUGUUUCUCAUGCUUCUCAUCAAUCAAUCAGGGCAGGCUUCAGCUGCAAGUUCCACUCAUCCCGCCAAUGAUACCGACUUUUUUGCUCUCCUGGACAUCAAGAAUCAAAUUUCUGAUGAUCCAUUUGGAAUCCUCAAGUCAUGGAAUACUACCAACCAUCACUGCCAAUGGUUAGGAGUCACUUGUAGGCUGGAUCAGAGUGUAAUAGGCCUGAACCUGUUUGGCCAGAAUUUACUUGGUUCAAUAUCUUCACAGAUUGGUAAUCUUAGUUUCCUUGAAUCCAUAGACCUCAGAAACAACAGAUUCCAUGGAUAUAUUCCUCAAGAAGUCGGUCUUCUUUUUCGCCUGCAACGUCUCUACAUCUCAAACAAUUCAUUGGAUGGAGAGAUUCCAGUUAAUCUUACUAACUGCUUUGAGUUGAAGACCUUUGAUGCAGUGAGGAACAAACUGGUGGGAAUAAUCCCUCCUGAGAUCGGCUCUUUGGUUAAGCUUGAAGGACUUUAUGUUGGUCGAAACAAUUUGUCAGGAGAAAUUCCCAGAUCCAUUGGAAACCUUACAGCCCUGAGGCAACUCUAUAUUUCACUGAACAAUUUGAAGGGGCAUUUGCCGGAGGAAUUAGGCCGCUUAACUAGGCUGUAUUCCAUUGGAUUUGAUGGGAAUUUCUUAGCAGGUACUAUCCCUUCUUCCCUUUUCAAUAUCUCUACUCUUGCUGGCAUAUCAGCUUCAGAUAAUUUACUUGAAGGAACAAUUCCAGCCAAUGUUGGGCUUACAUUUCCAGUAAUUCAAGAGUUUUUUGUUGGUGCAAAUCAUCUUGAAGGGACUAUUCCAGUUUCCUUUACUAAUGCUACUCUGCUAGAGAAACUUGACCUUGGUAGUAAUAGAUUCAAAGGUCAAGUUCCAACUAAUUUUGGACAUCUGACAAAUCUUCAGUGGUUCAGCGUGCAAAACAAUUUGCUCGGUAGCAAUUCAUCCGGCGACUUGGAUUUCAUUUCAUCUUUAUCAAACUGCAGUAAACUUAAUUCUCUAAUUGUUAGUUGGAACAAUUUUGGAGGCACUUUACCAGAUUCAAUUGGAAAUCUGUCAGUUAACAUUGUGCAGAUAGAUCUUGGUUUGAACCAGAUAUCUGGAGAAAUUCCAGAAGGGCUAGGAAAUCUUGCUAAUUUGUACUUGUUAGGCAUGGAUCACAACCUUUUCUCUGGGUAUAUACCGAGUUUCUUGCACAAGUUUCAGAAUUUGCAAAAGCUGUUUCUGAAUAACAAUAAGCUUUCUGGCCAAAUUCCAUCUGUUCUGUUCAACAUGACCUCUCUUUAUGGCCUGUACUUGUCUGAUAAUGAACUUGAAGGUAACCUGCCACAAAUUGAAGCAGAUUCUGAAUCCCUUCAUGAACUGGUCCUUUCUGGAAAUAAUCUUAAUGGAAGCAUACCUGCAGAGAUAUUCAGCUUCUUUUCAGCAUUAACAUUCCUCAAUUUAUCCAACAACUUUUUUUCUUGUUCCCUUCCCACUGAAAUCGAAAUGUUAAAGAAUGUGUAUAAACUCGACAUUUCUCGCAACGCCUUGUCCGGGGAGAUUCCUCAAACGAUUUCAGAAUGUUCAGACCUAGAGUACAUUUAUAUGCAAGAAAAUCAUUUUCAAGGAGGAAUCCCACCAAGCUUGUCUUCCUUGAAAGCUAUUCAAGUUUUGGACCUUGCCGAAAACAACUUAACUGGGGAAAUUCCGGAAGAUUUGUAUAAACUUCCCUUUGUGCAAUUCAUGAACUUAUCUUUCAAUGAUUUGGAAGGGAGGGUUCCAACCGCUGGGUUUUUUUCUAAUGCAAGCGCAAUAUCAUUGUUGGGAAACAGUAAACUUUGUGGUGGAAUACCUGAAUUGAAGCUACAGUUAUGUCCUGAAGAGAAACCAAAGAGGAAAAAAUCGCUCGCGCCAGGUUUCAUUGCUUUAAUCAUUUUGCUUACCUUGAUUUCAGUAGCGGCAAUCUUGUUCUGCAUUGUGUACUAUGGAAGAAGAACAAGAAGGCGAGAAUCGUUCACUGCAACAGAACCAUUUUCAGGUAUCUCCUAUCAUGAACUUCACCAGGCAACCAGAGGAUUUUCAUCUGAUAACUUGGUUGGUUCAGGGAGUUUUGGAUCUGUUUAUAAAGGAACUCUUCAACUGCAGGGAGAAAGUCUUGUUGCAGUAAAAGUCCUUGACCUACAAAAAGAUGGAGCUUCCAAAAGCUUCUUGGCUGAGUGUUUGGCAUUAAGAAACAUUAGGCAUAGAAAUCUAGUUAAAAUCUUAAGUUGCUGCUCCAGUAAUGAUUAUCAAGGCAAGGAAUUCAAAGCUCUAGUUUACAAAUAUAUGCCGAAUGGCAACCUGGAUAUGUGGUUGCACCAAAAAGCGGAUGACAAUCAUAACGUGUCAAGCGCUAUUAGGCCUUUGAAUCUUCUUCAGAGGUUAAACAUUGCAAUGGACGUGGCGUAUGCACUAGAUUAUCUCCAUAACCAGUGUGAAACUACAGUUGUUCACUGCGAUUUAAAACCAUCUAAUGUCUUACUUGAUGAAAACUUAGUUGCUCAUGUAGGAGAUUUCGGGUUAGCAAAACUCCUGCAUCAUGAUGCAGGUAAGCAUUCGCAACGAGAAACUAGUUCCACAGGCCUAAAGGGCACCAUUGGAUAUGCAGCACCAGAAUAUGGAAUGGGAGGUCAAGUAUCCACUCAAGGGGAUGUGUACAGUUAUGGUAUCCUCUUGCUAGAGAUGAUCACGGGUCAGAGACCGACGAAUGAACUGUUCAAAGACGGCCUUAACCUGCAUGAAUAUGUUAAAGGAGCAAUCUUUAAGGUAUCAAAGAUUGUUGAUCCUCAUAUCCUUGUGCUUGGAAAAGAAGAAGAUGAGAAUUAUCAAGGAAAAGUGAGUGACAUGGAGAAAACAGAAGACAAGAAAGGGCUUGAGAAAGUAACAACAAAGUGCCUAACUGCAUUGUUGGAGAUUGGCCUUUCAUGUACUUCACAAUUACCUAAAGAAAGGAUGGAUAUGAUGGAUGUUGUGAAGGAAUUGAACAUGAUCAAGAAUGCUUUUUUCAAUGGUGGGUGA